GUUGACUGUCCGCGGCCUCGAGCACCACGCGUUUUGUCUAACUCGAUACAGACAAUCAUCGUACAGUUUACACGAGCAGCGGGGAAUUUCAAAAACAAACAGUGUGCAUUCAUCCUAAUAGAGCUUUGUUUUGAAGUGAUGAUGGUGAUUCUGGUGAUGCACCGUGUUAUGUUGUGACAUGUUGGAGUUGAUAAAGAGGGCGAGUUUGGCGGUCGGCGGGUCGACGAAUUGUGCGAGGAAAUCGGCACCGCUGCCGCCGCUACCCCCGAACAAAACCAACCCCGUGCAGAUAAAUUUGAGACCCAGGAGUCUCCUGUGCGCUCUAGGACAGGAGCAGCAAACCUACGUACGAAGCAGCCAAGUGCCGAGCAACACUUGGAAGUUCCACAAACCGCGGCCCAAGUCCUACAGUGAUGUUCCUCCUUCGGCCCCCGUGAGCAGUAGCUCUCCUGUGCGGUGCGUGCCGUUCAGGUCCAACAUGGACAGUCCGAAGAAGUCUCCUCAGCAUAGUCCUGCGCAAGCGGAUAAAGCCACGCUGAAGGUUCAUUUGCCUAACGGUGGCUUUAACAUCGUCAAGUAUGGAGAUGCUAUCGACAUUAAAGGCAUAAUAUCACUAGUCACAGAUCGUCUCUCAACGGGAGAUAGAUAUUACAAAGGGCUGUACGCAAUGAGACUUCUCCACACUUCGACUGGUGAGAUGUUCUGGUUGCACCAGGACACCACCAUGUACCAAGUGCAGGACAGAUUUCUCAAGAAGCAUCCAAUGAACGAGUGGCGUUUCGAGUUGCGUCUACGAUAUCUUCCUACAAAUCUCCACACCCUAUACGAGAAAGACCGCAUAACAUUCUCUUUUUACUUCGAUCAGGUGCGAAGCGAUUAUUUGAAUGCAAGCCACCUGAACAUCGAUUCCGAUGUUGCCGUACAGCUUUGCUGCUUGGAAAUUCGCAACUUCUUCAAGGACAUGCCGCAGCACGCCCUCGACAAGAAAUCGAAUCUGGAGUACCUGGAGCGCGAAGAGGGUAUGAACAAGUUUAUUCCUCGUCAUAUACUUGAGGGCAUGAAGCCGAAGUCUCUUCGUAAGAGCAUCCAGACGCAUUUCAAAAAGUUCAGCCAGCUGUCAGAGGUUGACUGCAUGUUCAAGUUCUUCGACAUCCUCCGCAUGUAUUUCAACUUCGAUCAGGAGCGCUUCAAAGUUGAACUCGGAAACAGUUGGCAUGUGCCCGUCGAGCUGGUGAUCGGACCGGGCAUCGGCAUCUCUUACACGACCGUUCAAGCACUGAACUCCACGACCACGAACGUGGCAGCCUUCAGCAACAUCCAAGCCAUCCAAACCCUAGUCAGCGACUGUGAUAAACACAGCAAGGCGACGCUGCAGCUUCGUGUCGCCGGCACCCACGAAAUCUUCUUCAUCACUUGCCCCAGUAUCGAAAUCGCCGAGAGUAUCGCAGAUUUGAUCGAUGGUUACUGCCGAUUACAUUCCGGAUCGCAAACAUCCAUUUGGACCAGAAAAGCUACUAUUUGGAAACAAUUUCCAUGCCCUUGUAAAGAUUCGCAUGCUUCAAAGCAUAAGGUAUCCAAAAAUCAGAUAGAUAAUUUGCACGGUACCAUGCUUUCAGAGGACUACGCUGAGAUAGUGGAUGAAGAGGGGGAUUAUUCAACUCCAGCAACAAGGAAUUAUGAGUUGGUUCGUAGCCACAUUAAAUUGGUUUCCGUUUUGGGCGAGGGUCAAUUUGGAGACGUCCACAAAGGCCAUUACGAAUGCAAGGAAGGAACGCCGAUUCCUGUAGCCGUGAAAACCUGCAAGGGUGAUGCGGAUCUUGCCACAACGGAAAAGUUCCUCGAGGAGGCCUAUAUAAUGCAAAAGUUCGACCAUCCGCACAUUAUCAAGCUCAUAGGCGUCUGUUCCGAAUCUCCGGUUUGGAUUGUAAUGGAAUUGGCCAAGCUUGGCGAACUGCGCGCUUAUCUGCAAAACAACAAAUCCCGUUUAGAGUUAGACACAUUGUUACUAUACACAUUCCAGUUAUCUACAGCUUUAAGUUAUUUAGAAUCUAAGAAAUAUGUACAUAGAGAUAUAGCGGCUAGAAAUGUUCUGGUUAGUUCGCCGAGUUGCGUAAAACUGGCGGACUUUGGUUUGUCCAGAUCAAUGGGCGACGACCAGAGCUAUUACAAGGCAUCUAAGGGCAAGCUUCCCAUCAAGUGGAUGAGCCCCGAAAGUAUUAAUUUUAGGCGGUUUACAACGGCCAGUGAUGUUUGGAUGUUCGGCGUGUGCAUGUGGGAGGUUCUGAUGCUGGGAGUGAAACCAUUCCAAGGCGUGAAAAACAACGAUGUUAUCAAUAAGAUUGAAAACGGCGAGCGACUUGCCUUGCCACCGAACUGUCCACCAAGACUUUACUCUUUGAUGUCGCUUUGCUGGAGCUAUGAACCCAGUAAAAGGCCAAUGUUUAAGGAAAUCAAGGAACUUUUGCAGGAAAUUAUGUAUGAGGAGAAGACAGCAGCACAACAAACAUUGAAUCGUGAUAAGAGGAGGACCGCAGGUUUAUCGUGGAAUUACGUAGAUGAUGCACCACCGAAGCCGUCUAGAUAUCCAAUGCAAGGUGUCGACUCUUCAUCAUUGGCGUCGUUGAAUGCUAGCACAGGUCCGCAGACGUAUAUAGUGGCCCAGAAUCCGGAGGUCUUAGCUCACCUGAUGAAGGAAAAUGAGACGCGAGGUCUGUCUCCGGCUGCGUACACGACACCCGCAUCGGUAUUUAACACGGUAGCCGUUGAUUUCGAUCCUAAAGAUUCCGUACCCGAACAACCGACCCUCAAGACUAUUCCCAUUCCUGUGGAAAAACUCCACCGUCUCGAUCCCGAAGUACCGCACCACUAUUCCCCAGAAAUACCCGAAACUCAAAUGAAACAGAAAAUCGGUACGUUGGAGCGGACACCGUCCCGCACCAGCAGCACCACCGGCGGCGCCGCGACGCCCCAAAUGGGCUCUCUGGAACGGAAGCCGAAAGAGAAGUCCCAGUCGCCGAAAAUGAACUCGCUCGAACGAAAUGCGCACCUAAUAAACAGUAACAGCUUAGAUAAGGGGAUGUUCAGUCCGAAACUGGGAUCCCUGGAGCGCGGUGGCAGCGGCUGCGGUGCUGGUGGCAUGAAGGUGGGCUCCUUGGAGAGGAACAUGAGUAUCGGGUCUCUGGAGAGGAAGACUUACAGUCCUCUCGGACCAGAGCUGAUUUCAAACUACCAUCCUGAGCCCACCGUUUAUACUUUCACCGAUAACAAGCAGGUGGAGGAAAGCAUUUACGAUUUCGGCGGCGCCGAUGUCAAGAGCUGUGCUCAUAAGCAGCCCUACUAUCAGCAGAAGGCUGAUUUUAGCAAAUUUACUGAGGGCGCGAUACAGCCCACAUCGUCUCAGCAUUCAAUCUACGGUGAUCAGUUGCUAGAGAAGAAACCGGACUUCAAUUAUCAACUGUUGGAGCGUCUCAAGCAGCAGCAGAAGGAGUCUGAAGAGGAUUCUAGAUGGUUGGCUGAAUCCGAGAUCAAUUUGAAGAAGCGUCUCAGUGUGAUACCUCCCGAAUCGACAGAAGUCAUGAGUAACGAGGUUUCCGUGCCGACUAGUCCUUUGUCGACCACCUAUUCGAAUUCCACAUCGUAUCUGUCAGGAAGCAUGGCUAGUAUGUCAUUGAGCGGAAACGGGAUGCAAAGCAGCGCUGAGUCCCAGUGCAGCAGCAAAAGCCAUUCUCCAGCAAAUAGUAUUACCAGCACCAUGACCUUAACGGCAAGGAACGACUGGUGUCCCUCUGGUCAUGGAUCUGAUAGCGGAGACAGCGAAUCUGAAAAAUCCAAAAAACCCGAACCGAACAGAACUGCGGACUUGGAUAGAUCUAACGAUAAAGUAUACGAUUCCACUACGCUGGUCGUAAAGGCUGUGAUGGCAUUGUCGCAAGGGGUUCAGCAAGCCAGGGCCGAGAAGUAUUUGGAUCUUGUUAGGAAAGUUGGACUGGAUCUGAGGGCCCUUCUGGCGAGCGUCGAUGAAAUAGUCACUCUGUUUCCCGCUUCCGUGCACAAGGAAGUCGAGAUGGCACACAAAGUCCUCUCGAAAGACAUGAGCGAGUUGGUGAACACCAUGAAACUUGCUCAGCAAUACAGCACUACCACUUUGGAUGCAGAGUACAGAAAGGGAAUGUUGGGUGCUGCGCAUGUUCUCGCCAUGGACUCUAAAAAUCUCUUGGAUGUGGUGGACGCCAUUCGAAUCAGACAUCCGCACGUUAGCCCCUACCUAUUCCAGAAUCCGGAGCCGCAGCAGAUGCUGCAAGAGAUACAGGAAAUGGGACCUCCUCCACCGCAGCAGCAGCUGUUGGACCCGGACAUCGCCCAGCAACUGCCCGAUCCCGUCUCCUGCACGUUCGUCCAAUUUCCCGUUUAUUCCCAGAACGUCUCAUCCAGUACGGCGACGCCGGGCUCCUCGAAUAUUAGUUCAAGUCAAAUUGUCGAUAGUUAGUUUAAAUAAUUUGUUUUAUUAUUAUCAUAUCAUUUUGUUUCGUUUACGAGCAAGCAAGCAACCAAAAUGAAGAGGAAUCGCGAAGGGAGGCGAGUGAUACAUUUAGACGAUGGGGAUGACGAUGAAAAAGGACGAGUUUUUUUUUUGUUUCUUUUAAAAGAGUGUCUGUGUGCUACUUUCUUUUCUUUUCUAUUAUUUUUCUGUAAGUAAAACCACAUCAGCAGCUCCCCUUUUUUUAUAAUCUUUAUUUAUUGCUUUAAAGUAUUUAUUG